CCUCAUGCUGCUGCCACAACGUAAACACAGCCAUGUGACAAUUCGGAGCUGCGCGCAAAGCUUGACGCACCCACUGGCACUGGUCCCACGAUGAGCCCGAGCUGGUACAAGUGGCCACUGGCCAACCAACGUGCAUGCGUACUUGUCUCUCCACUCUGAAGCGUGAACCCAUCAAAUCCUUUCUGGGAACGUCCGUAUUUGCAUGAUAAUACGAUCGCCCUUGUUUCAAUUGUGGAUUUACUCUUGCAGUUUGUUGUCGUUUGAAAUAUCAGCGCGUGUAAUAAGCCACCCAGAAGGGAAGGUUUGGCUACAUUUUAUGCCAAGUGAAUCGCAUUCUGCGCGGUGUAUUUUUUUGUCAGGUCUGGUAUAUCCGAUCUCAAGCCGAUAACUUUCAUCAACACACGAGUUGAGUGGAGGAGCACAUUAAUGCCAUAAGGACAUCUGUCAGAAUCCGAAUAAUGUUUUUGCAGUGAUUGUUUUGGUAUCGUUUACCACACUUCCACUGUUGCCAGUCUAUCUAGCACGAGAGUAGCCAAAGUAACGCUUUUAAAAAACGAUUGAAUGAGUCCAGUUGUUUAGAGAAUUCUAGAAAAAUAUGGGAAGCACGGCAAAUGACUCCAAGAAGAGAGAUGUGAAGAAGACACCUAGAAAGAAGAGGACGCUUCGAUUGAACAUGCCCGACCUCGGCUCGUUUGCCAUGCCCUUCUUGGAGCGAGAUGCCGACCAUGUGGAUAAGGCCGACAUACAGAAGGAUGAUGGGAGUUGCCACUCAGCCAGCCCGACCAAAGGCUUCUUCACGCGGGGGCCCUUCAGUCGGCCCUCCAGUCCCAAGUCGGCCCCUGCUAGGACCAAGAACAGCCCGGGCUCCCCCAAAACUAUCUUCCCCUACCCUUCGUCCCACCAGGACUCCCCACCCAAAUCACCUCGUCGCCUGAGCUUCAGCGGCAUCUUCCGCUCCUCCACUAGAGACUCUAACUCCACCUCUCCCGUCAGCAUCAAGCUCUUCUCCAGGGCCAGGAAAGCCUCCGGGAUCUCCUCGCCCCCCUCAACUCCUCCGACGCAGGCCGUCAAGCAGCCGCCGCCGUUCCCGCUGGAGGCCUAUCGGAGCGAGCCAGAGAGGCUGGAGGCACGGAUGCGCUCCUACUCAUCCCCGCCGGACACCGGGCAGCGCUUCAGUCUACGCUGCUCCAAACCACCCAUGACUCCCUCCGCCCCCAUCGCAAACUCACGAUCACGACCAGUCCACGGUUUAGCUGAAGGCAUGCUGGAGAAACUUGAUCUAGAAGAUGAAGCUUUCGAAGAAUCCGAAAGUGAUAUCUACAUGCGCUUUAUGAAGUCACACAAGUGCUACGACAUUGUUCCUACCAGCUCUAAGCUCGUUGUUUUUGACACUACUCUGCAGGUAAAAAAGGCCUUCUUCGCCUUGGUUGCUAACGGGGUGCGGGCAGCCCCACUAUGGGAGACAAAGAAGCAGAGCUUUGUCGGAAUGUUAACCAUCACAGACUUCAUCAACAUCCUCCACAGAUACUACAAGUCUCCCAUGGUACAAAUCUACGAGCUGGAGGAACAUCAGAUUGAAACAUGGAGAGAGCUCUACCUACAAGAAACCUUUAAGCCACUGGUGAACAUAUCACCUGACGCAAGCAUAUUCGACGCGGUGUACUCGCUCAUCAAGAACAAGAUCCACCGGCUGCCCGUCAUCGACCCAGUCAGCGGCAACGCGCUUUAUAUCCUCACGCACAAGAGGAUCCUCAAGUUCCUCCAGCUCUUCGUGUGCGAGAUGCCCAAGCCGGCCUUUAUGAAGCAGACUUUGGAGGAACUAACCAUCGGGACCUACCACAACAUCGCCUUCAUCCACCCCAACACACCCAUCAUCAAGGCCCUCAACAUCUUUGUGGACCGGAGGGUGUCUGCACUGCCAGUGGUGGAUGAGUCAGGAAAAGUAGUGGAUAUCUAUUCCAAGUUUGAUGUCAUUAACCUUGCUGCUGAGAAGACCUACAACAACCUGGACAUCACGGUGACCCAGGCUCUGAGGCAUCGCUCGCAGUACUUUGAGGGCGUCAUGAAGUGCAACCGGCUCGAGACACUGGAGACCAUCGUGGACAGGAUAGUCAAAGCAGAGGUCCACAGGCUGGUUGUGGUGGAUGAGAAUGCCCGGAUCGUGGGCAUCGUGUCCCUGUCGGACAUCCUGCAGGCCCUGGUGCUCACCCCUGCAGGUAUUUGCAGGAAGAACAGCCAACCAGAAGUAGAGGCAGGGGCACCACAAGCAACGUUAGUAGAGGCAGAACCAGAGGUAGAGGUAGCAGCAGAUACAGAACUACAGGAAGAGGCAGAGGCACCACCAGAGAUGUUAGUAGAGGCAGAACCAGGGGUAGCGGUAGCAGCAGAUACAGAACCACAGGAAGAGGCCGAAGCAGAGGCACCACCAGAUACAUUAGUAGAGGCAGAACCAGAGACUGAGGAACCACCAGAAACAUUGGUAGAGACAGAGGUACUUGUGGCUGAACCAGCGACUGAGGUAGAAGCUCUAGUGGAUGCUGAGGUAGAGGUGGUGGUGGUGGAAGCUGAAGCAGAGGUGGAAGGUAAGACUGAGGCUGAGGUGGUGGUGGAAGCAGAAAUCAAGACCGAGGUAGUGGAGGUUAAGGGUGAAACUGAGGCAGAGAUGGAGGUGGAGGUUAAGGCUGAAACCAAGACAGAGGAAGUAGAGGUUAAGGCUGAAACUGAGGCUGUGAUGGUAGAGGUGGUGGGGGUUAAGACUGAAACCGAGGUAGAGGCUGAGUUGGAGGUUAUGGCUGAAACCGAGGCUGAGGCUGAGGUGGGGAAUGCUGAGGCCGUGGCAGAGUCUGAGGCAGUAGUGAAGGUAGAGACUGAAGCUGGACCCAAGGAUGCUGAGGAAGGAGAGGCAGAGUGACAUCCAUGGCAGUCGCUACAAGCCGUACGUGACUGACCUGCCAUGACGCUGCUGUGAGAGGAAGUUGACUCAGGAAGAGGAGCGAGCUGAGAAAGAGGGUGGCUCUAAUUGGUGGGAUGGGUGGUUUAGUAGAAGUGUGACACUCCGGCUUACCAGGGUCCUAAUGGGUAAUUUUCUGUGAUGGGGAAGUGGUCACAUGGGUGACUUACUCGGGCUGACCAACCAGGGAUCACUUUACUAUAACUGGGUUUUGCCUCCCUUUUCUCCAGAUUGUGCACUAUCACACCCCUGUCCUUUUACCUCUGGAUCUUCCAGCAUCACCUGUCUAUGGGCCCCAUCCAGAAACAACCCGUACUCCCUACCCUCUAGGCACUUGUGUAGACUUGAAAGGAGUGGAUGGGUGUGAGCAAUGAGGCUAGGUGGAAUAUUAGCCAAUCAGAGAGAAAGGUGGAGCUACCACCAUGUUGUCCUGUCUACACCAAGUGUCUACCUAGAGCAGUGGUUCCCAACCUUUUCUGAACCGGGGCAUACCUUGAUGUGAGACAAAUUCUGCGGCACACCUAAAAUGUCGCUAUUAAUUGAUUUUAGUGGAAAUGACCCCCAUUUCACCCGAACUGCAUUUUUCUGUGACAAAUGUUUUUCUUAUAGAUAAAUAGGGUUCAUUUGUGUGUACCCAAGAGUGCCUCGUGACUUCAUGCUAGAAAUUGUAAAAAAUGUAGCUCUGGUGAAAUAGGUCAUUAGUUUUGAGCCGUUUUGGUUAGAGAUAAUUGUUUUUUCUGCAUUGUAAAGAUGCAACCACCGACAAAGCCAUGCUCCCAUAUUUUUCUAUGGCAGAGGCUGUGGAACAGCUAAGCCUAAUCAGACUCACCUGUGCUAGUGGUUCUCAGUCACAGGCAAAGUAAAAACAAAUGUAACAGCCUGAGUGCACCGGACUUGAAAUGUUUGUGUUUACUUUUUCAUUUUUUUUUAAUAAGAUUAGGGAAAAGUUUCAAGUUCCUCAAGGCACACCGGUUGAAAACCACUGGCAUAGAAGUUAGGGGCUAAGGAUUGUUUCUGGACAGGGUCAUGGUCUCAGCCCCUAACCUCUAUGGUUAAGGAUUGUUUCUGGACAGGGUCACGGUCUCAGCCCCUAACCUCUAUGGUUAAGCAUUGUUUCUGGACAGGGUCAUGGUCUCAGCCCCUAACCUCUAUGGUUAAGCAUUGUUUCUGGACAGGGUCAUGGUCUCAGCCCCUAACCUCUGUGGUUAAGGAUUGUUUCUGGACAGGGUCAUGGUCUCAGCCCCUAACCUCUAUGGUUAAGGAUUGUUUCUGGACAGGGUCAUGGUCUCAGCCCCUAACCUCUGUGGUUAAGGAUUGUUUCUGGACAGGGUCAUGGUCUCAGCCCCUAACCUCUAUGGCUAAGGAUUGUUUCUGGACCGGGUCAUGGUCUCAACCAUGAGCACACAAAUGGUUUGAAUAUCAGUCUUUUAAUCUUAUUUUUUGUUCCAGUGUACUUCUACAUCUUUAUCAUGAUUCUGUCUGCUCUCCUUCAGGGAGUGUUGUUUUUCGCUUUAUUUGCACAAGGUUUUGUGAACGUAACAGAGGCUCUCUGAAAACUAUACCAAUCCCCCCCUGCUACUUAUGAUGUCCCUUUGACAACGGGCUGUGCUCGCUGUCCUGUCUUUAACGUCAUUGGUGCCUUUCGUCCCCACAAGUAGUCACACGUCAUUGGCUGAGAGAGAGCUGGAGAAUGUUCAAAAACGUGUGAGCGUUUCCAAAACCAAAAACAUGAUAUAUCACAGCUUUUGUUUAUUUUUCUGAUGUUGAGAUAAUUUUCUAGAAUCAAAGUUUGUCUGUUAUAUUCCUGAGAUGUUCAUUUUGAAAUUAUGCUGUAAAGAUAGAUUCAAAGUUUUAUUUAUUAAAUAGUAUUUUCUCUGUGCUUAACUCUUUUAGAGGGUGGAAGAGAACGAAAGUGAGGUGAUGGUAUGCUGACUUUGACUUUGUUGUUCAAUGCUUUUCAAGGCGCAGCAGCUGCCAAUGUCCAACAUUCUCUUUACUUCUCCAGUUACUUGGAGGCAUGCAAGAUAUCUUGUACUCUGUAUGGAUCAUUCUUUUUUUUCUGUGUAUACAAUGCCGUAAAAUAAUGUUCUUUGUAAUUUACAGAUUUUUCUUUUUUCUUGUGGAUUAGUUUGUGAUGUAUUGUUGAUGGUCUCAAUAAGGGGAUUAUCCAUUGAAAAUGGAUAGAACUGGUUGAGUACGACAGUAUAAUGGUAAUACAUAUUGUACUUUUCAGUUGUAUUUUUUACUUUGCUGUUUGAAAAAGUAAUAAAACGUACUGUUGAAUCUUUUUA